UGAGAGAGGAGGGCUGAUCAGCUCAGCACACCCACCCUCCGCAGGUGCCUAGAGGGGUGCGGCACCCGCCAUGCGCUGCCGCAGACUGGCCCUGGGCCUGGGCGUCUGCCUGCUGGUGGGCACGGCCCUCUGCGCUCUGUGGGUAUAUGCCGACGACUGGCUGCCGUUCUCCUAUGUCCCCUACUACCUCCCCUGCCCGGAGAUCUUCAACAUGAAGCUGCAGUUCCGGGGGGAGAAGCCGUUCCAGCCCGUGGCACGGUCGCAGUACCCUCAGCCGAAGCUGCUGGAACAGAGGCCCACAGAGCUGCUGACACUCACGCCCUGGCUGGCGCCCAUCGUGUCCGAGGGGACCUUCGACCCGGAGCUCCUGCAGCUCAUCUACCAGCCGCUGAACCUGACCAUCGGGCUCACCGUGUUCGCCGUUGGGAAGUACACGGGCUUCGUCCAGCACUUCCUGGAGUCGGCCGAGCAGUUCUUCAUGCGGGGCCACCGGGUGCGCUACUACGUCUUCACCGACAAGCCCGCGGCCGUGCCCCGGGUCCCGCUGGGCCCUGGCCGCCUCCUCAGCGUCCUGCCCAUCCAGAAGCACUCCCGCUGGGAGGAGAUCUCCACGCGCCGCAUGGAGACCAUCAGCCAGCACAUCGCCCAGCGGGCGCACCGGGAGGUGGACUACCUCUUCUGCGUGGACGUGGACAUGGUGUUCCGGAACCCCUGGGGCCCGGAGACCUUGGGAGACCUGGUGGCCGCCAUCCACCCCGGCUACUAUGCCGUGUCCCGCCAGCAGUUCCCCUACGAGCGCAGGCAUGUUUCCACGGCCUUUGUGGCCGACGGCGAGGGGGACUUCUAUUAUGGCGGGGCGGUCUUUGGGGGACGGGUGGACAGGGUGUACGAGUUCACGAGGGGCUGCCACAUGGCCAUCUUGGCGGACAAAGCCAAUGGCAUCAUGGCGGCCUGGCAGGAGGAGAGCCACCUGAACCGCCGCUUCAUCUCGCACAAGCCCACCAAGGUGCUGUCCCCCGAGUACCUCUGGGACGACAGGAAGCCCCAGCCCCCCAGCCUGAAGCUGAUCCGCUUCUCGACGCUGGACAAGAACACCCACUGGCUGCGGAGCUGAUGGUAGAGUCGGGGCUGCCGUGGACGGGGACUCAGUGGAGCACCCAGCAGCCCCAGGGAGCACCCAGCUCACUCCAGAGGAACACCUAG